GCAUUCGGGACGCUGUGGGUGGAGGCGCGGCCCGGGCUGCGGGGAGGGGCAAGGUAGAGCCCGGCCUUCUGCACGUCCCCGGCGGCGGCUGCCCCUGGGCGUGGCCUCCUCUGUCCCACCCACUGACACGCCCCCGGGCCCCUCUCCGGGCGGGGGUCCCCUCCCUCUCCGGCCCUGGACCCAGCUUAGCGAGCUCCCCCCCCCGGGUGCCAUGGCCUCGCGGCUCCUGCACCGGCUGCGACACGCCCUGGCUAGCGAUGGCCCCGGGGAGGCGGCGGCAGGCCCCGAGGCCGAGCAGUUCCCUGAAAGCUCCGAGCUGGAGGACGACGACGCCGAGGGCCUGUCCUCCCGCCUCAGCGGCACCCUCAGCUUCACCAGUGCCGAGGAUGACCCGGACGAGGAGGACGAGGAGGACGAGGCCGGCCCUGACUCGCUGCCCUCCGGAGACGGGACAUCGGGAGAAGACGCAGAACGAAGUCCCCCACCUGAUGGACAACGGGGCAGUCAACUCCUGGCUCGGCAGCUGCAGGAUUUCUGGAAGAAGUCUCGGAACACCCUAGUUCCACAGCGGCUGCUCUUUGAGGUGACCAGCGCCAAUGUGGUCAAGGACCCUCCCUCCAAGUACGUGCUCUACACCCUCGCCGUGAUGGGCCCAGGGCCACCAGAUCGCCAGCCGGCCCAGAUCUCCCGCCGCUACUCGGACUUUGAGCGGCUGCACAGAAACCUGCAGCGGCAAUUCCGGGGCCCCAUGGCUGCCAUCUCCUUCCCCCGUAAGCGCCUGCGCCGGAACUUUACCGCAGAAACCAUUGCCCGCCGGAGCCGGGCCUUUGAACAGUUUUUGAGCCACCUGCAGGCAGUGCCCGAGCUACGCCAUGCUCCAGACCUGCAGGACUUCUUCGUGCUGCCCGAGCUGCGGCGGGCGCAGAGCCUCACCUGCACUGGCCUUUAUCGCGAGGCUCUGGCACUCUGGGCCAACGCCUGGCAGCUGCAGACCCAGUUGGGCACCCCUUCUGGCCCAGACCGCCCCCUGGUGACUCUGGCUGGGUUGGCUGUGUGCCAUCAGGAGCUGGAGGAUCCUGGGGAAGCGCGAGCAUGUAGUGAGAAGGCUCUGCAGCUGCUGGGGGACAAGAGACCUCAUCCUUUCCUGGCACCCUUUCUAGAGGCCCAUGUCCGGCUCUCCUGGCGCCUGGGCCUAGACAAACGGCAGACAGAGGCCCAGCUUCAGUCCCUACAGGAGGCAGGCCUCACCCCUAUCCCACCCCCCAGCCUCAAGGAGCUGCUCAUCAAGGAGGUGCUGGACUAACUUUCCCUGUCUUAAGGCCACUUCUGGGGAAGGGGCUGCCCCAGUCAGGGGGCUGGGGGCCGUAGAGGACACAGUGAGCAACUGGGGGCUGAAAGGGGUUAUGGGAGCCCCUAAAGUAGUUCCGGAAAGAGUCUGCAGGAGACUGAGAGGAAUUCGUUUUGUGGGGCUGGACUCCAAACAAGCUUUGGCUGGGGUUACCCUAGGAUGAUACGAGGAGGAAGUUUUGGCACCGGCUCUUCAGCCUACCGAGAGGUCAGGAUCAACGUUUCCUUUUCCAGGGGCCUCUACAGCAGUAAAACAGCUUGGCUGAAGGGCUGGGGACUAGCGGAGUCCUGGGGUUGAGAGACAGGAGAAAGGCUGUAGCUCUGCCCAGGGGAAUUAAGGAUCAGCUACUCC